AUGAGUUCCAAGACAGCGAAAAUACUUGUCCUAGCCACCACAACGCUUCUUUUCGUGUCCUCCUCAGAAGUGCCAGCCAAGGGUGAGGUUGUUCGAGAGACAAAUGGAGUGAAUGGUGCCAACUUAGUUGCUAGUGGUGGCGGCGGCUUUGGUGGCUUCCCUGGUAGUGGCGGCUUUGGUGGUUUCCCUGGCAGUGGCGGCUUUGGUGGUCUCCUGGCAGUGGCAGCUUUGGUGGUUUCCCUGGUAGUGGGGGCUUUGGUGGUUUCCCAGGUAGUGACGGCUUUGGGCGGGGUAGCGACGACUUUGGUGGUGGUUUCCCAGGUAGUGACAGCUUUGGUGGUGGUUUCCCUGGUGGCGGCGGCUUUGGUGGUGGCUUCUCCCCACGGUUUUGUGGUUUCGGUUGUUUUUCUAUUGCAUGAUGGGUUCCCAGAGGAAGAUACUACUUAUCCCAACCCUGUUCGCCAUCAUCCUUUUCAUCUCCUCAGAGUCUCCGGUCGGCAUCCUGAUACCUUCUCUGGCAAUGGUGUCUUCUACUUCGGCAGAAAUGGUUACGGUGGCUACGGUGGCUACAAUGGUGUUCCCUACAGUGGCUACAAUGGUGUUCCCUACGGUGGCUACAAUGGUUUUCCCUACGGUGGUCCCUACAGUGGCGGUUACGGUAACUCUGGUGGCUCCGGUAUUCCUUACUUUGGUGGCACCGGUAAUCCCUUGCUUGGUGGCACUGGUAGUCCCUACGGUGGUAUCUUCAACGGAUAUCCCUAUCCCUUCGUAGGUGGAAUCGGUACUGGGUUCCGGUCAGCCCCUAACACUCCUGUUGGUGGUGGUGGUAGUGGUGCGGCACGGCCGGCUGCGAUCAAGUUCCGCGGGGUUGAUGCGGACAUCAAUUUUAACGUUAGUGACUACGAUGAGGAUAUAAAGCAGGUUGACGAGUUUGUGCAUAUUUUGCGUCGACAAAGCACUUGGUUUUUCAAGGGGAAGCUCCAAAUACAGGGGAGUUACUCGCAUAAGUGCGGGCGAUGGGAAGCUCGUAUGGGGCGGUUUCGGCAUUUUGAACCUCAUGUGCAGAGGUUUGAACUGUUAUGCAAUAUUGCUGUUUCUGCUGCUGAAUUCGAGGGUACAAGUUCUUUUGUGAAGGAUACCCUAUAUAACUUAAAGGAGAAACUCGAAGCAUGGACAUCGUUAUUGAGAAACUCUUCUCAUGUUGAGGCACAUCCUAGGCAGCUGCAUAAUUGGGUUUGGGGUCCUCCUAAUCUCUAUGAUAUAAGUGGAAGUGCACACUUCAUAAAUAAGUGUGACAAUGGAAUUGUUAUUCACCGAAAUCGGGAUCCUGAAGCUGGGCCUAUGGACGAAGUACAGAUGGCAAAGUUAGAGCUCAAGAUCUACACCUCAAGCUUCAAAGGAAAGGUCUUCAAUACCUGCAUAUCAGAGCGGAAAGAGUUAUGCUCCAAACAUGCGUGUUCUCCCUGA